CGCGCCCGCUGGGUCACAGAGGCCGCUGAGGCCGCGGCGCCCGCCAGCCUGCCCCACGCCAUGGCCCCGCGCGCCCGGCGGCGCCGCCCGCUGUUCGCGCUGCUGCUGCUCUGCGCGCUGCUCGCCCGGCUGCAGGUGGCUUUGCAGAUCGCUCCUCCGUGUACCAGUGAGAAGCAUUAUGAGCAUCUGGGACGGUGCUGUAACAAAUGUGAACCAGGAAAGUACAUGUCUUCUAAAUGCACUACUACCUCUGACAGUGUAUGUCUGCCCUGUGGCCCGGAUGAGUACUUGGAUAGCUGGAAUGAAGAAGAUAAAUGCUUGCUGCAUAAAGUUUGUGAUACAGGCAAGGCCCUGGUGGCCGUGGUCGCCGGCAACAGCACGACCCCCCGGCGCUGCGCGUGCACGGCUGGGUACCACUGGAGCCAGGACUGCGAGUGCUGCCGCCGCAACACCGAGUGCGCGCCGGGCCUGGGCGCCCAGCACCCGUUGCAGCUCAACAAGGACACGGUGUGCAAACCUUGCCUUGCAGGCUACUUCUCUGAUGCCUUUUCCUCCACGGACAAAUGCAGACCCUGGACCAACUGUACCUUCCUUGGAAAGAGAGUAGAACAUCAUGGGACAGAGAAAUCCGAUGUGGUUUGCAGUUCUUCUCUGCCAGCUAGAAAACCACCAAAUGAACCCCAUGUUUACUUGCCCGGUUUAAUAAUUCUGCUUCUCUUCGCGUCUGUGGCCCUAGUGGCUGCCAUCAUCUUUGGCGUUUGCUAUAGGAAAAAAGGGAAAGCACUCACAGCUAAUUUGUGGCACUGGAUCAAUGAGGCUUGUGGCCGCCUAAGUGGAGAUAAGGAGUCCUCAGGUGACAGUUGUGUCAGUACACACACGGCAGACUUUGGUCAGCAGGGAGCAUGUGAAGGUGUCUUACUGCUGACUGUGGAGGAGAAGACAUUUCCAGAAGAUAUGUGCUACCCAGAUCAAGGUGGUGUCUGUCAGGGCACGUGUGUAGGAGGUGGUCCCUACGCACAAGGCGAAGAUGCUAGGAUACUCUCAUUGGUCAGCGAGACCGAGAUAGAGGAAGACAGCUUCAGACAGAUGCCCACGGAAGAUGAAUACAUGGACAGGCCCUUCCAGCCCACAGACCGUUUACUGUUCCUCACUGAGCCUGGAAGCAAAUCCACACCUCGUUUCUCUGAACCCCUGGAGGUGGGGGAGAAUGACAGUUUAAGCCAGUGCUUCACGGGGACACAGAGCACAGUGGGUUCAGAAAGCUGCAACUGCACUGAGCCCCCGUGCAGGACUGAUUGGACUCCCAUGUCCUCUGAAAACUACUUGCAAAAAGAGGUGGACAGUGGCCAUUGCCCGCACUGGGCAGCCAGCCCCAGCCCCAACUGGGCAGAUGUCUGCACAGGCUGCCGGAACCCUCCUGGGGAGGACUGUGAACCCCUCAUGGGUUCCCCAAAACGUGGACCCUUGCCCCAGUGCGCCUAUGGCAUGGGCCUUCCCCCUGAAGAAGAAGCCGGCAGGACGGAGGCCGGAGACCAGCCCGAGGAUGGGGCUGAUGGGAGGCUCCCAAGCUCAGCGAGGGCAGGUGCCGGGUCUGGAAGCUCCCCUGGUGGCCAGUCCCCUGCAUCUGGAAAUGUGACUGGAAACAGUAACUCCACGUUCAUCUCCAGCGGGCAGGUGAUGAACUUCAAGGGCGACAUCAUCGUGGUCUACGUCAGCCAGACCUCGCAGGAGGGCGCGGCGGCGGCUGCUGCGGAGCCCAUGGGCCGCCCGGUGCAGGAGGAGACCCUGGCGCGCCGCGACUCCUUCGCGGGGAACGGCCCGCGCUUCCCGGACCCGUGCGGCGGCCCCGAGGGGCUGCGGGAGCCGGAGAAGGCCUCGAGGCCGGUGCAGGAGCAAGGCGGGGCCAAGGCUUGAGCGCCCCCCGUGGCUGGGAGCCCGAAGCUCGGAGCCAGGGCUCGCGAGGGCAGCACCGCAGCCUCUGCCCCAGCCCCGGCCACCCAGGGAUCGAUCGGUACAGUCGAGGAGGACCACCCGGCAUUCUCUGCCCACUUUGCCUUCCAGGAAGUGGGCUUUUCAGGAAGUGAAUUGAUGAGGACUGUCCCCAUGCCCACGGAUGCUCAGCAGCCCGCCGCACUGGGGCAGAUGUCUCCCCUGCCACUCCUCAAACUCGCAGCAGUAAUUUGUGGCACUAUGACAGCUAUUUUUGUGACUAUCCUGUUCUGUGGGGGGGGGGGGGGGGGUCUAUGUUUUCCCCCCAUAUUUGUAUUCCUUUUCAUAACUUUUCUUGAUAUCUUUCCUCCCUCUUUUUUAAUGUAAAGGUUUUCUCAAAAAUUCUCCUAAAGGUGAGGGUCUCUUUCUUUUCUCUUUUCCUUUUUUUUUUCUUUUUUCCUUUUUUUGGCAAUCUGGUUCUGGCCCAGGCUAGAGUGCAGUGGUGCGAUUAUAGCCCGGUGCAGCCUCUAACUCCUGGGCUCAAGCAAUCCAAGUGAUCCUCCCACCUCAACCUUCGGAGGAGCUGGGAUCACAGCUGCAGGCCACGCCCAGCUUCCUCCCCCCGACUCCCCCCACCAGAGACACGGUCCCACCAUGUUACCCAGCCUGGUCUCAAACUCCCCAGCUAAAGCAGUCCUCCAACCUCGGCCUCCCAAAGUACUGGGAUUACAGGCGUGAGCCCCCACGCUGGCCUGCUGUACGUAUUUUCUUUUGUGCCCCUUCUCACAGUGUUUUGGAGAUGGCUUUCCCAGUGUGUGUUCAUUGUAAACACUUUUGGGAAAGGGCUAAACAUGUGAGGCCUGGAGAUAGUUGCUAAGUUGCUAGGAACAUGUGGUGGGACUUUCAUAUUCUGAAAAAUGUUCUAUAUUCUCAUUUUUCUAAAAGAAAGAAAAAAGGAAACCCGAUUUUUUUCUCCUGAAUCUUUUCAAGUUUGUGUCGUUCCUUAAGCAGAACUAAGCUCAGUAUGUGACCUUACCCCCUAGGUGGUUAAUUUAUCCAUGCUGGCAGAGGCACUCAGGUACUUGGUAACCAAAUUUCUAAAACUCCAAAUUGCUGCAGCUUGGCAUUCUUCUUAUUCUAGAGGUCUCUCUGGAAAAGAUGGAGAAAAUGAACAGGACAUGGGGCUCCUGGAAAGAAAGGGCCCGGGAAGUUCAAGGAAGAAUAAAGUUGAAA